AUGGCUAUACCUCCCAAAUUCGUUGGCCAGAAGUUGUCAACUGCUACUACCCAGCAACAACAGCACACACUUGAAUUAUAUCUCGAUUACGUGUGUCCGUUCUCGGCAAAACUGUUCAACACAUUCUACGCUUCAGUCAGACCUAUGAUUGCUCAAAAGUAUGCAACGAAGCUUCAGGUUAUUUUCCGCCAACAAGUACAGCCUUGGCAUCCAUCGUCAACUUUGGUACAUGAAGCAGCGGCUGCUGUUCUAAGGAUAGCCCCGGAGAAAUUCUGGCAAUUCAGCGCCGACUUGUUCAAGUACCAAGAAGAGUUCUUUGAUGUGAAUGUUGUCAAUGAAACACGUAACAUGACCUAUGAGCGGUUGGCAAAGAUUGCCGGAGGUGUUGGCGUAAAUGAGCGCAAGGUCCUCGAGUUGUUGACUAUCAAAGAGGAAGCCGAGAGUGGACAAUUGAACGUCGGCAACGAGGUGACAAAUGACAUUAAGUUGAUGGUCAGGUUAAAUCGUGUUGUAGGUGUACAUGUGACGCCUACAGUAUACUUCAACGGACUCGAGGAGCCGGGGAUUAGCAGCAGUUUUGACGCUACCCAAUGGGAACAAUGGUUGACCAAGAAUGUGACAUGA